AUGAACAAAUUCAUUUCCUUUGCUUUUGUGGUUUGUGCUUUGGCAGCUUCGGCACAUUGCAGCAGUUAUGGAGGUUAUAGUAGCUCUGCUGCAGCUCCCGCCAGUGUAUAUAACGCCAACUCCUAUGCUUUAGGUCCUGGUCCUGUAGGUUAUGCGGCUCCUGCUGUCUAUCCAGCUCAUUCAUAUGCGGCAGCUCCUUCAUAUGCUGCUGCUCCUUCAUAUGCCGCAGCUCCUUCAUAUGCCAAACCCAGUGGUCCCAAAUACACCAUACAACCUGCCUACGCUCAUGAGUUGUAUCCCGGCCAAAACAACUACAGAAGUUAUCACUCUGCCCCCGUCUACAGCCAAGUAGCUUUGCCCAUUGUACCCUCUGCUCCCGUAGCCAAAUUAUACGUUCCUGCUCACCAGUCUUAUGCUGCUCCUUCAGCCAGUUACGGUGGCAGUAGUUAUUAA